AUGUCCCUGGAAAAGCCUCUAGGGGUGCCACCGCCCAUGGCACAGGCCUUGGGAGAGCUCCCGUCCCUGGGAGGAUCCCUGCAAGCGCUCCCGUCCCCGGGACGGCACAGGACUCUUGAUACGGUCCCUGGGGUCGGCGCUUUCCGUGGAAGCUCUGAUGUCUAUGACAUAGCCUCUGGGAGUACCACCGCUCCUGAGAGGGCCCCUGGGAGCACCGUUGUCCCUGGGAGAGCCCCUGCGGGCGCCUCCGACCCUGGCAGGGCCCCAGUGAGCGCCGCUGUACUUGAGAGAGCCCCUGGGGGCGCCUCAGACCCUGGCAGGGCCCCUGUGAGCGCCGAUGUCCUUGAGAGAGCCCCUGUGGGAUCUAACUUCUCGGGCAAGGCCCAUGGAGGCACUGCCGUCCCUGCAAGGGUCCCUGGGAGUGAGUCUGCCCCAGGAAGAUCCCCUGAGGACGCCAGCGCCCCUGGCAAAGCCCCUGAGGGCGCCACCACCCUUUGCAAGGCCCCUGGGGGCGCCGACGUCAUUGGGAGGGCCUCUUGGUCGCCGAUUUCCCUGGGAGAGUCCCUGGGGGCGCCGCCGUCCCUUGGAAAGCCUCUGAGAGCACUCCCAUCCCUAGGAGGGCCCAGGAAUACUGGACCUGAAAUUGCCUCUCCCAGGAGCUCUAAAACAAUCUCACUUCUACAACCAGGGAGCCUCCAGAGACUGGGGGUGCUGAGAAACCUCCCAAGGACGGGAGGGCUUGCAGGGGCCCUCCCAGGGACUGUGGCACCCCUGGGAACUCUUCCAGUGACAGUGGCGUACCAGGAGUCCUUUGAGGGACAUCGGCGCCUCCAGGGGCCCUUGAAGGGGCCUUGGCGCCCCCAGGGGCUUUGCCAGAUGCGGUAA